AUGGUGAGUGGGAUGAAAGCUAAUAAUCGAAGGAGCAUUGGUACUGAUGAUGGGCCAAAAAUGACUCUUGUAAAUUUGGUUCGAUGCCAUUAUGAUGAUGGACUCGACGUCUUAAUUGAUCCUUUUAUAUACGAUCAAGUUAAUAGUCUGUGUUUCCGUAUAUUUAUGAGGAUUGUGUUUCGGUGCAUUAGUUUAAAGUUAGAGGAUAGCCCUACAAUGAAGAGGAUCAUAAAGAGGAUUGAGGAAGCACAAGAUAUACAAAAUCAACACAAAGUAGCAUCUACCAUAGCCACACAAAGCCCACAACGUCAAAACCUUGAAAGUUAUCGAAUUUCACUAAAGGAGAUCAACUUGGCCAUAGAAGACUUUAGUCAACAAACUCCUAUUGGAGAUGGUGGAUAUGAACACUCAUGUUUUCAUUUUCACGACUUCAACACUUCUCUCAGCGUUCACUCAUCAUCUCCUCACCAUGACCACGCCACUAUCAUCAUCUUCGGUCCAAGGACGACUCCUCCGAUUCACUUGCUAGUUUUGUCAAGAAUAAUUUGAUCCUUACCUAUUCAAUCAUGAUCAACCGCAUGGAUUUAAGAAGCCUUUAAAAUUCAAAUUAAGCGAUGGAGUAUAUCAAUUAUAAAAGAACAAUAUCUUCUAAAGAGGAGAUUGGAGGUAAUCAUGCUCAGAGUUGGGUUUUCUACUAAUGGAUUUGCCACCACAACUACUAUGACGAAACUGCAUCUCAUAUGGGUUUCGUUACGAAAGCAUAUUGAAGUAUACAGAUACCCUGCUUGGUGAUGGAACUAUGGAAGAAUAGGGAUUAGGAGUGAUUGGAUUCUCAAAGAUUAUUCCAAUGGUGAGAUCAUUGGAAGGGCUACAAGGAAAUGGGUGAUGAUGAAUGAGGAUACUAGAAGAAUGCAAAAAGUCAUUGAUGAUGUCAAAGAAGAGUACUUAGUUUUUUGCCCCAGGACACUCACGUAUAGCCGCCUUCAUUUUUUAUAUUAUUUCAGUUAACAACUAUAAUAAUGUUGUUACAGUUUUGAGUUUUGCUUCCACUCCAUAUUAGCAUUUCUUGUAGAGAACAGUAAUAGUCUGAAGAAAAUAACAAAACUUAAAGAUCCUGCUGA